CGCGUCUUGUUCCCUGGGCUGAGGGGCAGACUUGGAACUAGCCUCUUUUCUUCCCCACCUGCCGCUUGAUUUAUCUGUUUCACUAGCCACAAUGCUCGGAUCACCUCGGGCACACUCACCCGCCGCCCCUCCGGCCGCGCGAGGAAGGAAGACAGGCCUCAAGUCAAGAGCCACCCAGAUUCUUGCACUCAGAUUCGGCUGGGUCGUGCUCGUUAUAUGGUACGAGGUCGGAGAAUUCUUCCACUCUCUCUCCACGUGUCGCUUCCCCGACUCUGCUCUGCGGCAGGCCUAUCCCCAAGCCCCCCCGCCCACCCAUGUCGUCCUCAUCGCCGAUCCGCACGUCCCCCAUCCCCGACUGUCGUAUCCGCCCGGCAAUCCAUGGUUGAAUUGGGCCAAGCAGCAGAUCGAUGAGCUCUUCAUGCGCAAAAGCUGGAAUGUGGUUAUGCGUCUAGGGAGGGUGGACCAGGUGCUUGUGCUCGGAGAUAUGUUGGACUCGGGAAGGGGAGUCAUGACCGAUGAAGAGUACGAGGAGUACAUCGCUCUAUUCCGAUCAAUCUUCCAGCUCCCUCUCACAACGCCAAUGCACUUUGUGCCAGGUAACCAUGACAUUUCCCUCGUUCCCAAUGGCCGGUUCUCCGCUCAAGCUCGGUUACGGUACCAGCAAUAUUUCGAAACGCCCAAUACCGUCCUUCCCAUAUCAAAUCACUCGUUCGUUUUGCUUGAUGCUGUAGGUUUGGUGGAAGAGGAUUAUCGGCGGUAUGCUUCAGAGAUGCAGUUUGGGGAGUGGGAUGGUGUCAAAGGCGGUGUAAUUGAGUUUGUCAAAGAUUUGAGGGACAAUCCUCCGCCUGGACCUAAAAUCUUGCUUUCCCAUAUUCCACUCGCGAGACCUGAAGGCGCCACCUGUGGACCGCUGAGAGAAAAAGGACGGAUAUCAAAAGGUGCUGGUCCUGGAUACCAAAAUUUGCUCGGGAGUGAGACUUCCAAGUUCUUGUUGGAUGCCAUUCAGCCAAAUAUUGUGUUUAGUGGGGACGACCACGAUUACUGUGAUUAUGUCCACAAAGAGAAUAUCAGAGAGGUGACAGUUAAAUCCUUUUCCUCGUCCACGGGCAUCCGCCGUCCGGGACUUCAACUGCUCUCGCUAGUUCCUCCACCUACAGAAUCCACCGCUGGCCUUCUCCCCACCCACGCCGACCGACCUUGUUUCCUGCCCGAUCAGCUGGGUGUCUACUGGCGUGUCUACCUCCCUCUCGCUAUCCUUACAGCACUGUACCUUUUUGUUACCAACCUUCAUUCAGCGUACUCGCGAUGGGACCGUUCUUCACACGCUCUUUCGGAGAAAAUGCGGUCAAGUCCCGCUUUACUCUCUGCAGAGACCAUGUCGCCCAAUUCAUUCUCAUCACGGCGGAAUGGACCUAUACCACUUAGUAUUCCCUCUCGCAAAUCAUCUUCACACCUCCCACUUUCUGCACCCUCAGCCAUUUCCUCUUCCACCUUGCCCCGCCCGGUGCGGUACAACUCCACUCCUGCAGAGUACGCGCCAAGUUCCAGGAGCGGCCAGAGCAACCCUGUAUCCCCAUUUGGAAGUCCGAAACUGUCCGCCGUUGAGCGUUUUGCGGAGCGCGAUGUAGAACGCGAUGGAGAAGCAGCGUCUGCUAGCGUGACAGGUCUCAACACACCUCUCACCUUGUCUCGACGAUCAUCCUACAUAUACAUGGACCGCGGUUUUCCAUCUUCAGUCUCUGACGCUGCGCCUUUGUCCGCUUCGGGCACCACUAACUGGGGUUUGGGUGCAAACACGGGAGCCAGUUCGCCCUCGUCGUCGGGUUUUAUUAGGAGAGUCUCUAGCGCCAACCUGUCGACGUUGGCCUCUAUGAAUGUCGCUCCUCCAAGCUUGAGCGUCACGUCUCCCGGUACACCCCGCCGUAUCACCCUCCCCAGCCCUCUCCUCCUCCCGCAUUCCCCUGCUCACGCGCAAGCCCACCCCCUCUCCCAAGCCUCUUCACACACCACCCACUCCCAUCCAGCUGUGAUUUACACUUUUCCCACCCCAUCCAGGUCAUGGCUCUGGUUCGAGAGGGCAAAGUCGUUUUUAAGAUGGACAUGGAAAGCAAGGAAGGGAGCCGUGGGCAAGAGUUGGAGAGAGUUGAUCAGUGUUGCAUGGGUUGGGGCUGUCGUUUGGCUGGGUGUGAAUGCGUUGUUUUUCCUAGAGUGAAACACUCUCGAGUAAAAACACCGUGGUGCUUGGGUGCGUGCAUGCUUGGGAUCUUGGGAUCUUGUGUUUUCCUGUGGUUUUCAAAGACGUGUGGAAAGAUGUCGCCUGCGUUGCAAGCAGGGUGUAUCCAAAAAAAAAAAUUGUCUACUGUCUCGUCCUGUUUCUUUCUCUGUUUUUUCCCCUCCUAGAUUUGGUCUCUUCGGUAUCCGGAAGACAUGUUGCAUCAUGAAGGGACUCUUUCUUCUCAUAGAAAGGAGGAGACGGGUCGGUUGGCCGUCGUGGUGGCUUCAUAGCCUCAUGUACGUAUGGGCUUUGAAGCGUGUAGCGUACAUACAUACUGCUGUUUACAUGACCUACUUUUUCCACACAUGGUAUCUGGUAUUCUCCUGCGGCAAUAUACUAGUUCUCCCAAUCGCGCUUCAUUAGGC